AAAUAAUCAGAUCGCGAGCAACGUUUCGUUUAAGCAGUAAAGCUCAGUUUCGUCAUCUCCCAAAUAAUACUAAAAUCCUCGAAGCAUGCUCGCUUAUGCAGCAAUUUUAAUAUUGCUGACAGCUUCGGUCAGCGGAGAAUCAUUUCCUUACAGACCGGCCGCGCAUUUGAGAAACUGCACGGAAAAAUUCGGCAUCGACGACUGCAGAGCGGGUUGUAUCGGCUUGAAGUACAAGUGGGGGACUUGUAUCAUGUAUCCCAAAGGAGACGGAUUGUGGCAUCCUCUAUGCUCUUGUUUUACAAAAACAAUGGGAAAGCUGGAGAUAGAUAACGAUUACGACGACUUACUGGAAUAAUUCUACGUUGUUCCAUUACCAGCAGUUUUUUUUUAAAAAAAAUCGAUCUUUAGAUAAAUUAGUAACAACCUUGAUGUGUAUCUUAUCGCUAGUAUACAUUAGAAAAUCACUAUCAAUUAAUUUCAGU